AUGUCUGAAAAGCCUGCUACUCAAACUGCCCCAAGCACAGCUUAUGCUGGUUACCCUCAAUCUCGGAUGCCAUACAAUGGAAGCGGCUACCAGGCUUACGGCGGAGGAUUGAACAUGACCAACCCCAACCCACUAGCCAACAUGCAGAACCUGAAGGCCACCCUUCCAGCGACUGGUCAAGUCGACAAUGACAUGAAUGGCACUACCCGUCAAGGCUACAACAGUCCUCUCAUGGUCCUUCCAUCUGGUCAAACAAUUCCUCUCACCAACUACUAUGGUCCAACUCAAGCCUCAACUGGAGAUAACACCUCACAAGUUCCAUACCUCCCAACAGGCAUGUACCCAAACUUCCUUGGAACUACAGGCAUGGCUUCAGGAGCCCUCCCAGGAUACGGCUGGCCAUCGCCAUACACUAUGGCAGCCACUCUCGCAGGCUUCGAUCCUGCUCGUCGAGGCUCAUGGUCGUCAAAUGAAGAGAAUGUCUCCACCAACCAGGCCGCUGUACUUCAGGCUCAGACCGACUAUUACCCAGGCUACCCAUACAUGUCUACGAUGCCAGCCGCUGCCCACUACAUUGCCGGACCAAUCCAACCCAUGAAGUGUAUGGACAACAAGUCAUACGAAAUGGUCAACCUUGACGAGCUGGUCUCCCGUGAUCCACCCAUUCCUCGUGCCGUCCCGGCUCUUUGGACCAACCAGGAGGAGCUCAGUCUUGCCAAAUGUCUCCAAAACCCAGAGGGUAUUACCAACGUCUACAUUCGUGGCUUCAUGCCGGAUACCACCGACGAAGACCUUGAGCGUUGGGCUUCUCGCUUUGGUGAGAUCGAGUCAUGCAAGGCCAUCAUCGAACAGGACACGGGCAAAUGCAAAGGUUUCGGCUUCGUCAUGUACUAUUCUCCUGCUGCUGCGGAGAAUUGCAUCAGAGGGUUCUUCCACCUCGGCUUCCAAGCCAGCUAUGCUCAGAAAUCCCGCAACUCUCGUCUCAAGGACCUCGAAGACAGAGGUUCUACCAACAUCUACUGCACGGGUGUCCCCAUCGACUGGAAUGAAUCGGAUCUGGCCAAGCACUUUCUCCCCUACCGUGCCAUUUCCACCAAGAUUUGUCGAGACGUGCCAUCGGGAGUCAGCAAGGAGGUUGGCUUUGCCAGGUUCGACACUCGUGAGAUUGCGGAACAUGUCAUCAAAGAGUACCACUCUGCCCACAUCGAGCACGACGGUGUCAAGCUGUUCCUUCGCUUUGCCGAUACCAAAGCUCAGAAGCAACUCAAGCAGCAAAGUCAAGAACGCCGCAACUGGCGCAGUCGUGAAUACAGCUUUUCAGUUGAGCACACUCCGUCUCCGACCUUGACACGACUUCAGAACAUGGGCGAUCACAUCAGUCCCAAUGGAAGCUACCAGUCCCCUGCUGGAGCUAGCAAUGCCUUCACCCCAGCGACGUCAGUCUCUCCGGCUGAUUUGCCAGGUGUGAACAAUGUGAACAAGCCUGUGAGCGUCACUCGCAGCUCUGCCUGGCCAAUGCAGGGUGGCCUUCAGUCAAUCACCAAUACCACCACUGUCCGCACCAACAUGCCAGUCAUUUCGGCUCCCAACACAUACAUCGAAGUUCCACCAAAGACUACGGCCAUUGUUCCCAUCAUGCCCGACACGGGUGAUUCCAAGAAGACUAGAACACCUAGCCCAAAGACAGUCACCAUCAAGGUUGAGCCUGCCAGCGGCAAGGAGAACCUGACCACCACCCCUCCACGAUCCAGCAAAUGA